ACAUGAAAACCCACCAAACCAAUUAAGCUUCAAAUAAGUUUCCAUGGCGGACACACCCCAUCAGCUCGGCCAGCUCCCGGGCUUUCGCUUCCACCCGACAGAAGAAGAGCUUCUCGAAUUUUAUCUCAAACAUAUUGUUUUCGGCAAAGCCCGACAUAGCUUCGACGUUAUCGGAUUUCUCAACAUUUACCAACACGACCCAUGGGACUUACCUGAUUUGGCUAAGAAUGGUGAGAGAGAAUGGUACUUUUUUGUACCUAGAGACAGAAAACACGGUGGUUGUGGCGGCGGAAGACCCAACCGGACCACCGGUAUUGGCUACUGGAAAGCCACCGGCUCCGACAAGAGAAUCUUGAGCUUGUCGGAUCCUAAGAGAUUGAUUGGUUUAAGGAAAACCCUUGUUUUUUACAAAGGAAGAGCGCCGAGAGGAAGCAAAACCGAUUGGGUCAUGAACGAGUAUCGUCUUCCCGAUAAUUCGUCUCUCCCGAAAGACGUCGUGCUUUGUAAGAUAUACCGAAAAGCGACGUCAUUGAAGGUAUUGGAGCAAAGGGCAGUGGAGGAAGAGACAAAGAGCUUGCAGCUGAAUAAUGCUACUACUCCUUUAAUGGCUGAAGAAGAUCAAGACUCAUUUAACAGUCAAAUUCCAAGGCUGAAUUCGAGCGAAAUGGUGAUGAAAAAAGAGACGAGUUGUGGGGAAUAUCGAGCGGAAGAGGAAGAAGAAGUCGACUCGAAAGGAACCGAGACCGAGACCGGGACUGGGGCGGUCGGAGGGUUGUUGUCGUCGUCGUCGUCGUCCUCGACAUCUAAGACGGGUUUACAGAUUCCAAAAGGGUUUGAAAUGCUGACUGAUCUGCAAGUUCCAAAGAUGAACAUGGAUUGGACUCAAGACCAGUUUUGGAACCAAUUCAACAGUCCAUGGCUUCUUAAUUUCACAACUCCUAGCAAUAUAUUGAAUUUCUAAAGCUAAUUAUGCUUUUUUAUGAACAAAUUUUAGUUGUAAAUAUGUUUUAAUUAAGCUAAUUAAUGUGAAUUUAUGUUCUUAAUUACGACCAAAA